GCUGAGCGAGGAGCGAGCGGUUAAGAAGUGGUUCUAUGAAUUGAUUUUUUAUUACUUAAAGAUAAAUUUAUUCUUAUCAGAAAAUUGGACAGUUUAAAUAGAAUCCUGUUUGUAUAAUAUAGUGUAAAUUGAAUUAUUUAAAGAUGCCGGUGGAUCAAAUACAAUACUCGGAAAGAUACAGUGAUGACGUUUAUGAAUAUCGGCAUGUGAUCCUGCCACCAGAUCUCGCUAGACUGGUGCCAAAGUCCCAUCUAAUGACGGAGACAGAGUGGCGCAACCUGGGGGUGCAGCAGAGUCCCGGCUGGCUGCAUUUCAUGGUCCACAACCCUGAACCCCAUGUCUUACUGUUCAGAAGACCUAAGUCUAACAUACAGCAUGUUAUGAAUGGCCUUGGAAGUAAUUCUGCAACUGUUCGAGUAUAGUUCUUACGAGGUCAUAUUGAUAAAAUAUUUAAUUUGAUAAAUAAGAUUAUUUUAUAACAUCUGUUUGCUUAUCUUGUAUAUGCAAUAUUAUUAUUUAAUUUAUAAACAAAAAGAUAUGCAUUUUGAAGUAAUAAGGCUAAAAGGUGUUUGAUAUGUUUUAAUUUAAAUUUUAUUGAUAAAUUCAUGUAUAAAAUAUUUUUAUAUUUGUACCCCGUGACACACUC